CUCACCUGCAGAUGACAAAUUCCACUCAUCAUUGAAAAGUCCAUACUUGAGAAGUUAAAUCAUUUGUAUAAUAUAUUUGGUUGAAUUUGUUUAAAUAGCCUGAUUUUAAUCAUCAAGAUGGUACGACCUUCGACUAACCUUUUGAGGACUACACAAUGCAUUUUAGUACUUGCCAUCUCAGGUGCCCUGUCUGCCAGCUUCUUUCGAGUGCCCCGUUCAGUCACCCCAGCAGGUAUGAGCACCACCCCCACAGCAAAAAUGGCCUUCCAGAUCUGCUUGGAGAUCAUCAAUCGUGUCUUCAAUGACUCCCUGUUGAGUCCAAAUUCUAAGGACUACAAGAAAAUGUAUGCCGAGGUCAACCAAUUGCUUGCUGAAGUCUAUGGGUGUCGUACGUGCUCAACAAGAUCCGUUUAUGAGGGCAUUGCAACAAUGACUUUCAGUCAUGGAUCAGUGAUAGCAAACGCUACCAUAGUUUUCUACACAGAGGGUAUCAAUCAAUGGGUGGUCAAGUAUCUCUUCCUGAAACAUAUCAAAGACAAUCCUUCUGCUGUUCUCCAGAUAAAUUCAAAUUAUACCGAAUUUCAAGCAACACCAGUACCAGCCGUGGUUCCAAACAUAACCAUCCCCACCACACCUGCUAAAAUCAUAACAAAUACGACUCCCAUGUCUACAACCACUACUACUAACCAGCCAACAACCACUACUACUAACCAGCCAACAACCACUACUACUAAACAGCCAACAACCACUACUACUAAACAGCCAACAACCACUACUACUAACCAGCCAACAACCACUACUACUAACCAGCCAACAACCACUACUACUAAACAGCCAACAACCACUACUACUAAACAGCCAACAACCACUACUACUAACCAGCCAACAACCACUACUACUAAACAGCCAACAACCACUACUACUAAACAGCCAACAACCACUACUACUAAUCAGCCAACAACCUCUACUACUAAUCAGCCAACAACCACUACUACUAAACAGCCAACAACCACUACUACUAAACAGCCAACAACCACUACUACUAAACAGCCAACAACCACUACUACUAAACAGCCAACAACCACUACUACUAAACAGCCAACAACCACUACUACUAAACAGCCAACAACCACUACUACAAAACAGCCAACAACCACUACUACUAAACAGCCAACAACCACUACUACUAAACAGCCAACAACCACUACUACUAAACAGUCAACAACCACUACUACUAAACAGCCAACAACCACUACUACUAAACAGCCAACAACCACUCCAUUGGCUACAACUACGAAAGAUCCCUCAUUUGACAAAACCAAAGAAGGUCCAAUUGGCGUUGCAACCGUCUCUACCACUAUAGGCAGUGGGAUGAGAAACGAUAGUGCACGCAGUACACCCAGUGCUACAUCUACUUUAUCUUCAGUGAUAACCGAUUUCUCAGGAGGAAACAACAGGACAAAUACAAGUCAUGCCACAAGCCAUGGUGCCAGUACUUCACCUGGGAGGGUGGACUCAGCAAAAACCAGUAAGAGAUCAACCACCUCCCCACCUGGCGGUUCUACGAAACGUCCCCUGAAGCCUUCCACCAGGCCUCAGUCAAGCACCACAACUAAAUCUAGCACAACUGCCAACGUUGCUUCCGGGGGUAAUGGUGGUGGUUUCAGAGACUGGGUACCGGGAUGGGCCAUUGCUCUGUUGGUGUUAGCCGCUGUCAUCCUGCUACUCCUCAUAAUCAUCUUCAUCAUGAUGGUGGUGCGUUGGUGCUGUAAAAGGUCAAAAGAUGAAAAAAAGACCACCCCCAACAUCGGCUCUUUCCCCGGACAUGUCUCCCAUGGCCCCCAGCACCAGCCGGAGCAACCCAAUGGAAAGACCUUUGAGACCAUUCAGGAUGAGCCCCGAAAGAAGAAUAAAACAGGCAUGUACAUAGUGAACCCCUGAGCAGGAAGAUGUGGAGGUGACAUACCAACAGGCAAACUCUGGUCAACAGAACAAGAGCAGAUAAGGAUGACCUACAAGCAAAAUCAAAUCACAGCCCCUGUAGAUAUGUAUAGUUCAUCAGGAAUUUAGUAUGUUAUAUUUUAAGAAUGAAAAUGAUCGGAAUGAAUGGUUUCAUACUUUUUUAUUUAUUACACUUUUGUUUGUGCAUAAAUAUUGGGCAACCUUGCUAGUAUUUGUAUUACUCUAUAUGACGUCAUCAUCUUUGACCCUGUUAUCAAGACAACCAGCAUUUUUAUUAUAUUCUGACUUGUCCAUUGGUACAAAACAAUAUUGGUACAAAUAUCUCAGAUGUUUUGCUUUGCAUCUUAUGUAACUGUUCAGUUGUAUAAUGUUAAAGAUUAUUGUUAAAAAAUAUAUGUAAAAAUUCCUUAAUUGGUCAGAUAUUUGAAUAGGGAGUUUACACUAAUAAUGUGAUAACUUGCAAAAUGGAAAUGAAUCCUAACUUGACUUGAGAUCCCAUUGAUGUCAAUGGAAGAUUUGCAAAAAGUCAAGUUACAUGCACAGAUCUUAAGUUAGUUUUGGGAGUUGAGCACUACACAUCAUUAGUGUCCUUGAUUUCUGUGUAUUGAGUUUGUAUCACAUCAUGCUAUAUACAGUUUAAUGGAAGACUUCAUUGAAGUGUCCUCAUUAAAGUGACAGUUCACUCCAACAUCAAAGUUGCUAUUUUUCUACCUUAAAAGUAGUUUAAUGUUUAAACUGAUGUUUAAUUUAAUUUAAAUGUAAAUGUAAAUGUUUAAUGUAGAAAUAACUACAUGCUUCAAGUAAUCUAAUCUGAAGUCAUUCAAAAUGCAUGCAAUCCCAAAUAUCCUUUGAUUUACAUGAAAUUUGGUUUAGGCUUUAUUGAUUUACAGAAAUAGGAUGUGGGCUGGUACAAAGUAGAUUCAUUAAUGAAAAUGCAUUCAACCGCUUCCCUCUGUCCAUGUAAUCUACACACCCCACCCUUAAAGGAAGGAUACGCCUUUUAAAUGGCAAUUUCAUAUUUAUUUGAACCCAAUGCAAAUACCAUUAACAUUAUGUAAGCAGACAGGUUGUUUAGCAUGUGUGAUAUAUGAGUAAUGUGGGAAUGACACGAUGCUCCAAGAAAAUUAUAUAUCUCUCCAUCCAUCUCACUGUAAGAUGCAAGUGUCGUGGAGGUGGUUUGAUGAAGUACUUUGAAACAUGAACUAUCUUUGCAUGAUGAACCUGGCUGAGCUCUGAAAACCUGUGCUUAGUAUUUAUUUUUAAUCAUUAUUAAAUAUUAAAUUAAGAUAAAAUGCUUUAUUAA